UGCUUUAAGCACAAGGGACAAUUCGGACUCAACCAUGGCGAGUAGGACUCUUGAAAUGUCCCUUAAAAACAUUCAUGACAAAGGUAAAAAUCUGGACAGUGACCCAGAGUAUGAGUACAUCCUGAAUGAGCCUGAGAAAUGCCGGAUUAAAGAUCCCUUCCUUGUGGUGCUCAUCACUUCAGUGCCCAGAGAACUGGAAAAACGUCAGGUGAUCCGAGAAACCUGGGCCAAUGAGACGCUAUUGCCAGGCAUUGUGAUUAAGAUACUUUUCCUGCUGGGGUCCAUACCUGCCUUGACCAAGGCCGACCCACUCGACUUACAGCAGCAGCUCAAAGAAGAGAGCCAUCAGCACAGAGACCUACUCCAGCAGAACUUUGUGGACGCUUACGACAACCUGACGCUCAAGACCAUGAUGGGCCUGCACUGGGUGUACGCUCACUGCCCGCAUGCCGCGUACGUCAUGAAGACGGACAGUGACAUGUUCGUGAAUCUCGAGGUCCUGGUGAAGGUCGUUCUCAAGCCUGAGCUGCCACCUCGUCCUGAUUAUUUCACGGGACACGUGAAGUGGAGCAUCUCUCCGAAUCGGAACAAGAAGAGCAAGUGGUACAUAUCCCCCGAAGAGUUCCCAGGAAAGAAAUACGCUCCGUACUGCGCUGGCGCAGGGUACGUCUUCUCGGGGUGGUUGGCAUCGCAAAUGUACAGGACGUCUCGUGUCGUUCCAAGAAUUAACUUUGAGGACGUUUAUGUGGGACUCUGCUUGGAGAAGCUAAAUGUCAAGCCGGUCGUUCCACCCCGAGGUGUCUCUUUCAGUACGCUCAAAGUACCUUUCUCCGUGUGUAAAUACAAGCAAAUUGUGACGUCCCAUCGCGUUUCCCCACCCGAGUUGCGUCUUUACUGGGAUCAACUGCAGCAGAACAAAAACAGCACGUGUGGAACAGCAAAGCGCCGAAGACGCGUGAGUCUGCCUGCACGGGGAAAUCACAAAGCAGCAUUAAAGAAAAAUAUCACACAACUGACUCCGUAG